GCGCCUGUCUGUCCAUCUGUUCCCUCUCUCUUCUGUUGCCUCACAUGGAAAUGGCACAACACUUGAAAAUAUCCUGUCCCGCUCUCCUGUUUUUACCAUCUUAACCCCCGUCUCUCCCUCCCUCUCCUUCCAUAUAUCAACCCCCUCCCUCUUCCUCUCCCCCAUCUCUCUCUCGAGACUCGUUCCUCUCGAAAAAACAACCAAACAACAUGAGAGAGAUCCUUCAUAUUCAAGGAGGCCAAUGCGGUAACCAAAUCGGUGCCAAAUUCUGGGAAGUUAUAUGCGACGAGCACGGAAUCGAUCAAAACGGAAAGUACUCCGGCGACGCGGCGUCUUCUGAUCUUCAACUGGAAAGGAUCAAUGUGUAUUACAAUGAAGCUUCAGGUGGAAAAUAUGUGCCGAGGGCGGUCCUUAUGGAUCUUGAACCGGGUACUAUGGAGAGUAUUAGAUCCGGUCCGUAUGGACAGAUCUUUAGACCUGAUAAUUUUGUGCAUGGACAGUCCGGCGCUGGUAAUAAUUGGGCUAAAGGUCAUUACACUGAAGGAGCUGAGCUGAUUGAUGCUGUUCUUGACGUUGUCAGAAAAGAGGCUGAGAAUUGUGAUUGCUUGCAAGGCUUUCAGGUGUGCCACUCGCUUGGAGGUGGUACAGGUUCUGGCAUGGGAACACUUCUAAUUUCAAAGAUCCGAGAGGAAUAUCCUGACAGGAUGAUGCUUACAUUCUCUGUUUUCCCUUCACCAAAGGUCUCGGACACGGUUGUGGAGCCAUAUAAUGCUACCCUCUCAGUGCAUCAGUUGGUAGAGAAUGCUGACGAAUGCAUGGUUCUUGACAAUGAAGCACUGUAUGACAUAUGCUUCCGGACUCUAAAGCUUAGCACUCCAAGCUUUGGUGACCUUAACCAUUUGAUCUCAGCAACUAUGAGUGGUGUAACUUGCUGUCUGAGGUUCCCUGGUCAGCUCAACUCUGACCUUCGCAAGCUGGCUGUAAACCUGAUCCCAUUUCCCCGUCUUCACUUCUUCAUGGUAGGGUUUGCACCACUCACAUCUCGUGGUUCCCAGGGGUAUAUCUCCCUCACUGUCCCAGAGCUGACCCAGCAGAUGUGGGAUUCCAAGAACAUGAUGUGUGCUGCUGACCCCCGCCAUGGCCGCUACUUGACAGCCUCAGCCAUGUUCAGGGGCAAGAUGAGCACCAAAGAGGUGGAUGAACAGAUGAUUAAUGUGCAGAACAAGAAUUCAUCAUAUUUUGUGGAGUGGAUUCCCAACAAUGUGAAGUCUAGUGUGUGUGAUAUUGCACCAAAAGGUCUGACGAUGGCAUCAACUUUUGUGGGGAACUCCACGUCAAUCCAGGAGAUGUUCAGGAGGGUGAGUGAGCAGUUCACAGCCAUGUUCCGUCGCAAGGCCUUCUUGCACUGGUAUACUGGGGAAGGGAUGGAUGAGAUGGAGUUCACUGAAGCAGAGAGCAACAUGAACGAUCUCGUGGCAGAGUACCAGCAAUACCAGGAUGCAACAAUUGAGGAAGAUGGUGAAUAUGAGGAGGAAGGUGAAGAGAACUAUGAUGCCUAGGGAGCGUAUGAUCUGUGCUGUGCUAUUUCAUCAAAGCUGUAAUGGGGUUUCAUCAUCUGCCAACCCUGCUGGGUAUCUAAUACUAUAUUCUUUUGUUGUCUUGAAAUUCUCUCUUCCACAGGGUCAUUUCGUUGCUUCUUUUCUAUAAAGCACUUGAAUAAGGAAUUUCAUAUCUGUCGGUGCCUCUUCGCAAAGGGACCGCAAUUGUAUUGUAUUCCCUUAGCGCUCGGGAAUUAUUUCCUGGAAGCGCCUGGGGGCAGGGGAUUGUUCAUUUAGUUGUGAAUUUACUGCGCAUGAGCAUGGACGUGAAAGCCACCAGUGCAGAUGCUUUGUAUAAAUAUUAGUUAUGCAUGCUCUUAUUAUCCACCGAUGUCAAAUCCACAUUUGGGUUUA